GCACGCUCUGCUGGGUUCCUGGGUUUCUCUGCUGGGUCAAUGCUGCUCCACUGAUGAGGGAGCUACCUCGCCACACUAGCACUGCCACAUCCGCAUCGAACGGCCCUCCAAUGCGAAUGGACAGCGCGGGCGACCAAUCACAUCUCAAAAUCUGAUACAGUAGCCCUUUUAAGCCAAUAGGAGAUGGCCAAGAGAUGUUUUUCACUGUAUGGGGCGGGUCUUGGGGAUGAUGGACACGUCUGACUUGAGCCCCGGCCAGAUUUUCGGUGUGGACUGUAGUGGAGAUUUUUGGAGGCUGAGGGACGUACGUUAUUUUUUGGAGGAGAACAGAAGUGAGAGGCCACGUUUGGAAAAGUUCCCCACACGCAUCGUUGGAAAUUACAACAGGUUGACGUGUCACCAUGACAACAGAAGCGGGCUCUGAGACUGAGGUGAAGGAGAACGCCGAGGAGUCAGCCGCUCAGCCUGACCAGUCAGAGAACGCUGCAGAGGAAACACAGGAAGUAGCGAACACUGAGGGAGAGGAAAAGGAGAAAGAGAAGGAGAAGCAGAAAGAGGGGAAAGAGGGAAAAGGAAUAUCUCGAUACCUGCCAACAUGGCUUAAGAAGCAGAAGUCUCAGAGCCAGACCUCCCCGACCAAGGAGCCCCCCCCCACAGAGGAAGCUGUCAACACGGUGACACAGGAAGAAGAGGGGCCUGCCCCAGAAGUGAACGGUCACGCAGAGGAAGUGGAAGAGAAGGAGGCAGUGAAGUCGGAGCAAGUUAAGGAAAAGGAAGCAGAAUCUCAUUCCAACGCCAGUGCGGACACUGAGCCUGCCAAGGAAGAGAAGGUGGAGGAGAGUGCUGAGAAAAGUCCCGAAGAGGCCAAGGUGAGAACAGAGGGAGAAGGAGCAGAGGAGCCGAAGGAGGUGGAAGGUGAAGAGGAGGGAGGAGGAGAAGGUCAGACCUCCAUUUUCCAGUCACCACUUCGCCUGGUGAGGAAGACCAAGAUGAAGCUGGUGGUGUGUCAUGUGACCCUCCUGGACGGGACCGACUUCACCUGUGAGGUGGAGAAACGUGCUAAGGGUCAGUACUUAUUCUUUAAGGUGUGUGAGCACCUUAAUCUACUGGAGAAAGACUACUUUGGUCUGACAUACAUCGACAGCCAUGAACAGAUGUCUUGGUUGGAUCCCACCAAGGAAAUCAAGAGACAGAUACGCAGUAACAACUGGCAGUUUGCAUUCAACGUCAAGUUCUACCCUCCCGAUCCCUCACUGCUUACUGAAGACAUUACCAGGUACCUGUUGUGUCUGCAGCUCCGUGAAGACGUGGCUUCAGGUCGACUGCCGUGCUCAUUUGUUACUCACGCUCUGCUGGGGUCGUACACGCUGCAGGCAGAAUUUGGCGACUAUGAACCCGACCAGCCUCGACCUCUGGACUACGUCAGUCAGCGGACCUUUGCGCCCAAUCAGAACAAAGAGAUGGAGGAGAAGAUUCUUGAACUCCACAAGUCUCACAGGGGAAUGACACCAGCACAGGCCGACACCCAGUUUCUAGAAAAUGCCAAGAAACUGUCCAUGUACGGGGUGGACCUGCACCAUGCCAAGGAUUCUGAGGGUGUGGACAUCAUGCUGGGUGUGUGUGCCAACGGACUCCUGGUUUACAAAGACAGACUUCGGAUAAAUCGUUUUGCUUGGCCCAAAAUACUCAAGAUUUCAUACAAGAGGAACAACUUCUACAUUAAGAUCAGACCAGGAGAGACGGAGCAGUUUGAGAGCACAGUGGGAUUCAAACUCCAGAAUCAUCGGUCUGCCAAAAGGCUGUGGAAAGUCUGUGUGGAGAACCACAGUUUCUUCAGGUUAAAUGCACCAGAACCUCCCACCAAGGCCCGCUUCUUGACUCUGGGCUCUAAGUUCCGUUACAGCGGGCGAACCCAGGCCCAGACCCGCAUGGCCAGCUCCCUCAUAGACCGACCUGCCCCCAAAUUUGAACGCACCUCAUCCAAACGUAUCAGCCGCAGUCUGGAUGGAGCGCCAGUGAUCAGCAUAACUGAGGCGGGCAGGGACACAGCUGAGAACGGACGCGAGCUCCACUCAGACUCUAAGGUUAAGGAGCUGGACUUAAGCCCUGGUGAUGCGGAAGCCACGCCCACCCAGUCGCUGGGAGCCAGUGAGCUUACCCCCUCUCAGAGUCCAAUGAGAGUGCAUGGGGACAAUAUUUAUGUGAGGCACAGUAAUUUAAUGUUGGAGGACCAUGAUAAGACCCAAGAAGAGGUUCUGAAACACCAAGCUAGCAUUAGCCAGCUAAAACGCUCCUUUAUGGAGGCGCCACCUCCCUCUCCUCCUCAGCCCAACCAGUGGGAGAAACGCCUCACCUCCUCUCCCGCUACAACGAUACGUAUUCAGCAGCAUCAAGUGGUGGGUCAGCCCCAAACAGAAGCAGCCCCUGCUGAUAACACGAUCUCUGAUACCAAAGAGCCUGCAAAGACAACCGAAGUUGAAAUUGAAGAAACCGUUGUCGUCCAAGAGGUUUCCAAAGCGCCCAAACCUGGACUUGUCACAGUUACAAUCAGCUCACCUGCAGAGCAGGAAACGAGAGAACAGGAAGUGAAAGUUGGAGAGGAAGUAGCAGUAGCGGCGGAAGCAAAAGCGGCGAAGCAGGAGAGCAUUUCAUCUGAGAGCGAGAGUGAGGAAGAGGCGGAGUACCAUCCAAAUGUCUCUGUAUCCAUCUCUCACACACAAAUACCAGAGGAGAAGGAAGAGGAGGAAGAGCAGCAGAAGAAAGAGGAGGAAAAGGUGGUGGAGCAGGACAUGUCAGCUCCAGACGCUCCUUCCCUUCCAGCUGAAGUCAGCCAGCCUGUAGAGGCAACCGGCCGAGAGGAAGAGGAGUCCAGGAAAGAGGACACAGGGGCAGAGGAGAAGAAGAAGAAUGCAGAGGAGGAGAAAGAAGGCGAGAGGGAAACGGAGGAAAGCACAGAUGAUCCCAUGGUGACACCUGAAGAAGCCCCUAAUGGCCUGACCCUGCAUGAGGAGAGCGUGACAGGGAUGGCCGCCCCUGCAGAGGAAGAGCCUAAAAUGAACGGAGAGGCCUCUCUGGCUGAAGCAGAGCCACGGCCGCAGGUUAUUUGUUGCUCUGAGCCACCUGUGGUAAAGACAGAAAUGGUGACUAUAUCAGACACGUUUGCAGCCCAGAAAACUGAGAUAGCUACAAAAGAAGUGCCCAUCGUACAUACGGAAACCAAGACCAUCACAUACGAGGCCGCACAGUUGGAUGGUAAUGGCGAUGGCGAGCCGGGAGUGUUGAUGACUGCUCAAACAAUCACCUCUGAAUCUCUGUGUACUACAACAACCACACACAUUACCAAGACGUUAAAGGGUGGCCUAUCGGAGACGAGGAUUGAGAAACGCAUCGUCAUUACUGGCGACUGUGACAUUGACCACGACGAGGCAUUGGCCCAGGCCAUUAAGGAGGCCAAAGAGCAACAUCCUGACAUGUCUGUCACCAGAGUGGUGGUUCAUAAAGAAACUGAACUGGCUGAGGAGGAGGAUUGACUGAACUCAGAGCUGAAGGGCCCAUCGUGACUGUUUUCUCUGUUGACGUCAAACGACCUCCAUCACCCUACUACAACCAACCUUGACUGACCGAAAGAGGAGGAGGAGGAGAAAAGGAAGAAGAGUGGAAAAAAGGAGUGGACGAACGGAGAGAAGUGGCCAGUCUCUGUCCAGACGGUCUCUCUCACAUGUCCAUGGUGCAUCUAAAUCCCUCACUCCAAAACCAAGAAAAAGAAAAAUAAUAUCCUCUCUCUCUCCGAGGGAACAAAAAGAACCACUUUGUUAGCUUAACAUUUGUAGCGUGUUUUUAUUUUUUAAUAGUGCUUUUUUUUUCUUUUUCUUUAACUGUUUGUUUUACAGAAAGAGAAAAGGUAGUGUGUCUGUCAUGUAUUGCAAAAAUAAAAGCUGUAGGGAUGCACUGAUAACCAACCCUGACGAGGUACCAGUGACCUUCAGUGACGCUCAAAAGUCAAAGCAGAUUCUGUUCAUGCAUAAAAAAUUCUGCGAUCUCAGAUACAGGAAGUGUUGUAUCGUCAAAAAGUGCUAAAUUUGACACUUAAGUUUUGUACUUGGAUUCUGUAUCAGCAGUAGAAAAGUGGGAUUGGUGCAUUCCCUAAAAAAAAAGUAAUUUGUUAAAUUACAGCUCCCUCCUUCACUUCAUUAUGGAGAGUAACAGAAUAUAACACAGUCAUUCACAGCGUUUUUAUAGUAACAAGUAGCACUAAAGGAAACAGAGAGACACAGCUUAGUCUUUUUUUUUUUAAGUGUAACAAAAUCAUUCACAGUUAGAUGAACGGUCAAACCCACCGUGUCUCGUUAUCACUUUAAAUGACCAGCGAUUACAGAAAACAGGGAGCUGUAACUUAAGAUAUUGCAGUAAAAAAACCAACCAACCAGGUUUAUGAUUCUUUUUUUUCUGUGUUAGUUGAUAUUCAUCCACAUUCCUUGUGUUUUUGACUUGCGGCCGAGUGAGUUCAUGUUCAGUUCACUUCACUUUUUGCUCUGAGAGGAGAAGACAUUUUACAAUUUACAGUGGGUGGUAAUGGAAGGAAUCUUAAUUGGGUUAGCGGGUUGGACAUUAAUUAUGCUCGAGAAGCCAAAUGAUGCAGGUGGAAUUAAUCCUUUGUGAUAUAUUUGUAAGUUUGACUGUAUUUUAGAAUUUUUACUACAUUGAAAUAAUUUGAACUGAAAAUGAACUGACUUUAGAGCUGCUGUUUCAACUUUGUGUACAGUUCAAAUGAAGGUUAUUAGAUGGGAGCAGUAAUGCAGCUUUUCAGUAGCUUAACGCUCUCCCUGGGCCCGCCCACUGUACGACACUAGCCAUUCCUAUUGGGCCACGGGGAAGCGAGGGAGCAGACCUCUGAUUGGGAGAGAGGACCAGUAAACUGAGGGAUAAUUGGGAGACAGGUGGCGCUGUGCAGUGCCAACUAACAACUUGGGAAUGAACAAGAAUUUGAACAUUGAUGCAUGUGGGCCUCACCCCUGCAGUGAGUUAAUGCUAUUCAAAAACCGAGAGAGAGCUUUGUGCUACAACAAGCAUAGGUACCAAAACGAGGACUUACAGUCAGAACAACUUGAAACCAGAAUUCAGACUCAUAGAAUUUCUACCAGUUUGCUGACUCUGCAUCAGAGCCUGUUUGUCGUCAUAGCUCAGCACUUAAUUUCACUCCCAGCUUCUUUUCAUCACCAGGCUAGAUGAUACAGACGACCUGGGAUUAAACUCAGCACGUCUUCACACAUUUUUAUCAUGAGUAUUUUGAGCGAGUCUAGAUAGAAGGCUACUGCGUUGAUUGGUUUGAGAGUGUGUAGAUAACAGAUUAUCUCGGCUCAUACAGUACGUCUAGAUAAGAUUAUCUCUGACCGGACGCCUGCUGUGUUGGAACUGUUUCACCAUGACCAAAUAUGCUUCAGCAUUUUAGAUGGUUUUUGUUUCAAAUUUGUAUUCUGCCACACGACGAAAUCUGACGGUACACUAAACACAGGCAUGGAAACAGCUACAACAUUAAAAUGCAUCUUAAAGGGAAGUGUAUCCAAGGGUUUGAAGUGCUCUUGAAACCCCUAAAUGGCUUGUUUUUCUUCAUUUCCUGUGUCCUUUUGCCUAAAAUGUUUAGCAGAAUUCCACUGAAAUGUGACUUUGUGUAAAUAUCGGUGGCAUUAAAUUGGUUAGAAUGAGUCUAAUGCAUUUAGUUGGCACAGAAAAAUAACAACAUUUUCCUGGAAAUUGAAUUGAUUGUUAGCAAAGAAGUGCCAGAGAUUAACAUGAAAAAACAUUCCACCUGUACCUGUCUAGAUUUGUCUGAACCCUCCAAGCCAACAGAAUGAUUUAUCUCUUUUUUUGUUUUGUUUUUUUUCUAAAUGAAGAAAUGUUGACACAUUCUCCACAUUUUGAAGUAGCAUGUACCUCUCAGAUUAACCCCAGUUUAAGGCUUUCUUGCUGGACUGAGGCAUGUGCAGACGAGGGAGCGGUAAUGACUGUCCAGGCUUUCCUUUGGGAAACGCUGGUCUGACCUCUACUAUGCAUUUAAAUGACAUUCCAGAUGAGGGGGAAGCUUUAACCUCUAACCCUCUUGCAAAGAGACAAAGCAGCAGAAAAGCAUUUAAAAAGUAAACAAACCGUGCAACAAUAGGCAGCUUUGGAAGCUUUCGCUGUUCCAAAAAAAAAAAAAAAAAAACAAAAAAAACAACCUACGGUUAUAUCACAACAGCUAUAUUUGUAGAUUUUCUCAUCAUUAAACGUUGUCUUUUCUGUGAUCUAGUUGUUGAAAGGUGGGAUUUGUUGUGCGCCCUCUUGGAUAUUUUUAAUAUUGUCACAGUGUUUUUGACAUUGAAGGAACACCACUACAAAUCAAAUUUUCUGCCACCGUUUCCUCUUUUUUUUUUUUUGUACUUGGCUCCAGAUUUAACCUCUUUUCCCAGGGGGUUUUCUGGGCUCCGUGUUAACCAAUCACAGGAGCUUUGGGGGGCUGGGAGGCCUGGUUUUCUAAAAUGUUUAGUUUGACACCUGCUGAUUUGCUGUUUGACAUCUGUUGAAUAUACUUCUGUCGGUUAGAUCUAGUUCACACAUCUCUUUCUGAUGAAGGUGUUUUAAAAGACAAAUGAUAAUUGGACCAAUCCUCUUCACAUUCUACAGUCUGAGGCUUUGUACUACAGGUCGGACGUAGACCAGCACAGUUUUGUAUGUUAACAACAAACAAAAAACAACUUUCGACAGAACUUUGUAAAGAAAGACAUUUUGAGAAAACCAAGCACAGCUGCCUCAUCGUUCCCUGUCAGCCGAUCACCGGUAGGGUUUUUCUAUCUAGCAGCUUAAUUGUCUCGUGUCGCCCCCACACAGCCACUCCUCCCCUGUGUAACACUGUUUAAAUAAAGGAUUGUUAUA